AUGUACUUUCUCAAUGUGCCUCACCAUAUCCCUUCUGCGGCGCCAGCCAUUGCUACCAAUGCGAUCACACCCUGGGUGUUGGCACUGAAAUUCAGAGAUAUGGUCAUUCUUGAGAUGGGAAUUGAGAUCCUUUUUGUUCUCAAAUCCGUUCAUGCCUACUCUGUCGCAAUCUGGCUUGUAGCAUACGUAAGUUGAAGAGUGGUGAGCAUCAAGCAUAUGGUCCGUCAGGCCGCUGGAGCUGGUGUAUUUGAACACCCAGCAAAUAGCACAGCGUCCCCUGACAGAUGCAUAAUCCUCCAUACGAUGAUAGUUGCGCAUGUGCUGAAUAAGAUGGUCCUUGCGCUUGAACCCAUUUGA